AUGUUCGAGGACGACAUUUGUCGGUCGCCCAUUGUGCAGAAGGCGUACUCCAAAGAUAUCAUUAUCUACACUACCGUCUCUGCUGUGCUCAGCGUCGUGCUGGCUGGGCCGUACGGCAGAGUGUCGGAUAUCCGCGGCAGGAAGCGGGCGCUGACAAUCUCGGCCACACUCAACGCACUCGGGAAUGUUUGGCUUGUGCUAUGCUCAUUCUUCGCUACGCUGCGCAGUCCCUGGCUCGUGCAGCUUGCAGCGGUUCUACAAGGCCUUGGUGGCGGCUUCUCUAUUAUCACGGCCAUCCAGAACGCUGCCAUCACCGACACGUCCGCCCCGAGCGAGCUGUCGCUCUGCAUGGGCCGCACUUACCUCCUGUCGUGGAUCAGUAUCAUAAUUGGCCUGGGUAUCAGUGCCAAUCUGCUCGAUGUGAACCUUUACGUUACAAACUUUGGCACCAAUGUGCUCAUUUGGUUGGUGUAUCUACUGUAUCUCCACUUCGUUGUCCGCGAGGUGCGUGUGCCGCCAGCGGAGGACAACGCCGAUGUUGCAGCAGCAGCAGCGCCGGGCGAAGCCACAACAUACCAGUCAAUCCCUUCACGUCUGCUUGCCGCGACACGCUCAGUGUUCGAACCAAUGACCAUUCUGGCGCGGCAUACCACGCUGCUCUUCUUGUCCAUCGCCAUCGUCGGCACCACGCUAUCUAUCGGAGUGUUCAGCCUCAUCAUACCGUACUGCGACACCAAAUUUGGACUAGAGCCUAGUGAGGCGGGUCUCAUAACUGCAGCCUGGUCCGUUUCACGGGCCGUCAUCGUCGUCUUCCUCCUUCCAAUGUUCCUCGCUGCCUACCAAUGGUUGGCGUGGUUGGCGAACUGGAAGAGACCAGAGAGAAAACCAGCGUCAGUACAUAUUGAUGUAGCGGCCGAUGAGACAGCACCCUUGCUAGUCGAAGCUACACAAGAGCCCCAGGCAGACGAAAACACUCAGACGACAGCACCGUCACCGUCGGCAUCGAAGAGACUAGCAAUGAUUCGCAUCUGCCUCAUGGUCAGCGCGCUGGGCAUGCUUGCCACUGAAAGCAGCCGCAACGUUGGAGAGGUCGCACUCGGUCUGUGCUCCGCAUACAGCGCGCUACAGUACCCAUCUGACACCAUGACCACAGCAACGGUUGCGAGCUCGUUCGGCACGCUUGCAGUGCCGUUUAUGCAAGCACUACUCACGCUUGCCGCGCCGCCCGGCGCGACCGGACGCGUGCUCGCUGGCUUGUCUAUCCUGCAGUCCGCUGCAAUCGCCCUGCGCGGCCUUGUGUUCGUCACAUUAUUCGAUGUUACCUUGGAAAAGGCUUCCGGAGCGGUCUGGUGGUUGUCUGCCGUGAGUGUUGACAAGCGUCCUGUGGAGAGCCUCAUCUUGGCUCUGUCUAGUUUGGUCAUGUUCAGCCUACGUCCGAAGCAGUUCGUGUCGCACAGUGUGCUGUACGCUGACGGUCCCUCCGCGGCUCAUUUUGACCUUGCCUAG